AUUGAAUUCCUUCUUUAACUUACCUAUACGACGCAAACAAACGCUUCCGGGCGACAAAGAGGGAGACGGAAAGCACUGAAUGCUCCUAAAGCAUCUUAUCCAAAUACUGUCACCAAAAAUGACUAUCCGUAUCACCUCUACCACUACCCCCGCCACCCCCACCACCACCCCUAUAACUGCAGCUCCAACUGAAGCAGCCACCAUCACCACCACCACCACCCCGAGGUCCCCCCUGGCCCCAGUUACCCCUCCACCUACCAUCCACCAUGCAUACAUGCGGUCCGCUCUACAAAUCGCCACUUCGGCCCUCCAGAGCAAUGAAGUCCCCGUCGGCUGCGUCUUUGUCCACAACUCACGCAUAAUCGCUAGCGGCCGCAACGAUACAAACCGUUCCUUGUGCGGGACCCGCCACGCGGAGCUCGUUGCCAUUGACAAGAUCUUGGCUACCCAUCCGCCGUCUAUAUUCAAAGAGACUGACCUGUACGUUACCGUCGAGCCGUGCAUCAUGUGUGCUAGCGCACUCCGCCAGGUCGGCAUCAGGAAGGUCUAUUUCGGCUGCUCAAAUGACAGGUUUGGCGGAUGCGGUGGAGUCUUGAGAGUCCAUGAAGGGGAUGGUGUCGGCGGCGAAAACAAGAGUAGGAAUGGCGGAGGAGGGUAUGAGGUCGUUGGCGGAAUUUAUUCGUCUAGUGCCGUGGUUAAGCUCAGGGAGUUUUAUGUCCAGGAAAAUGGAAGGGCCCCUAUUGCUACUAGCAAGAAGGGGAGGGAGUUGAAAACCGACAACCUACCUCUCGACGUGGAUAUUUUGUAAAGGGGUGAGAAGCUAUGGAUGGAUAGAUGGAUUGGUUAAUUUCACGGGUGGUCUAGUAUAGCCUAUCUUCUGAUUGCGGCGAUGAUUGUGAUUAUGAUGGCGGAAAAACCGCUUCCCUUCUCCUAUGCCCUCUUCCUCUUCUCUCUCCCCUUGCACAUUAUUACUUUUUACUACUACUACUACUGCUGCUGCUUUUUCUUACGGCGGACUUGUUGAUUGUUUUGGUUGUCAGUUGGCGAAUCGGUAUUUGGGCGUUGUAUUGUUUCCAACGGUGUUCUCUUUUCUUUUUCUUUUCACUUUCCCUUAUUUCCAUGAUUGAUUCCCAUUUCCCUUUGUCUUUGAUACUAUAAACGUACUGGACUAGAUUAGAUUCGUUUAAAUUCCGGGAAACGCCUUUUUUUUCUUGUUUCUCCCUCUUUAUCUCUUUUUCCCUCCCCGGUACUGGUGGUAAUCAGCACCUUGUGUUUUCGAUAUCUUUAGCGUUCAAUAAAGCUUGGUUUAUGUCAGGGGCUCUCGCCAUCCCAUUCGGUGGGUCUGCUCUCCCCCAUCUCCUUAGGGGUAAUUUAUUGUAAAUAGGUGUGUUUUUGUUUUAUUUUGUUUUAUAUCAGUGCUGGCGGUGGUUCUUACUAUGGUGCACCUUAAGAAGUGGAAUGAUUGAACCCACACAAGGAGGUCUGGUAUUUCCCUCUUUGGAUAGCAGGAGGGACUUGUAUCAGGAAGCGCAGACCCUCAGCCCACCGCUAAGUCAAAUAAGAAAGAAAAAUAUAACAAGGCCUAUAUGGGGAGGCAUCUCCAGCGUCAUAGCGAGGGGUUUCAAUUAUUUCAGUCCUUCCGGUCGUUGGGUGGCGGGGUUCGCCGUCGGCUCC